AUGACGACACGCGCUGACACUGGACACUCAGUGGCUCUGCUGGUUCUCGGCCAAGGUACUCAAUUCAUCACUGGUCCCUGUACGAGCGAUGCCGACUGCGCCUCCAGCUGCUGUGGCUUCAACAGCGGCCUGUGCGCCGGUCCUGUCAUAGCCCAGACGCGUGAUGGAGGAUGUGGCUUUGGUGACGCGCAACCCAAUGACAUCGCAGCCCAAGCCUUCUUCAGCUCACAAGCGGCCGCAGCUGGUGCGACGUCUCCUGCAACCGCCGCACCUGCCCCUGCGGCUGCCACUUCCUCUCCCCCCUCGUCGGGAUCUGGCAACGGUAACGUGGGCACUGGAACGCAAUUCAUCACCGGCGCCUGUACCAGUGACGCAGAUUGUGCCUCAGGAUGUUGCGGCUUCAACAGUGGAAAGUGCGCUGGUGCCAUUGUCGCCCAGGAAAGAGAUGGCGGAUGUGGAUUCGGCGACGCUCAGCCAAAUGAUAACGCUGCACAACUACUUCGUGGAGGACAACCCACCUCGGCUGCUACCUCUGCGCCGGCUCCGGCGAACACUGCCUCCACUGCCAACACUGGUACUGGCACAACCAGUGGCUCCAACCCACCCAUCGAUAGCAGCAUCCCGGGCUCUCAAAACGUGGGCAAAGCCGACGCUUCGCAAUUCAUCACAGGGCAAUGUUUUAGUGAUGCAGACUGCGCAUCGGGAUGCUGUGGUUUCAACACUGGAAAGUGCGCAGGGGCAAUCAUUGCACAAACUCGAGACGGAGGAUGUGGAUUUGGAGAUGGGCAGCCAAAUGACAAUGCGGCCCAGGCAUUGCAGGGUGGAGCGAAGAAGAGGAGAGGCAUUGCGGCGGUGAGGGAGUACAUGGCAUGA